AUGUCCAAGUUAUCAAAAAUAUCCAUGACCAAGUGCACUGUAGUGGAAUCCGAAACUCUGACAUUUACUGGCAAGUCGCCGUAUCAUUUUCGUGGAAGAUGGGGAAGGCUGAGAAGCAGUAACAUAUUUAGAACACAUUGUAUAUUUACUCUAGUAGCAGAUAACAUAUUUAGAACACAUUGUAUAUUUACGCUAGAAGCAGAUAACAUAUUUAGAACACAUUGUACAUUUACCCUAGUAGCAGAUAGCAUAUUUAGAACACAUUGUACAUUUACUCUAGUAGCAGAUAACAUAUUUAGAACACAUUGUAUAUUUAAUCUAGAAGCAGAUAGCAUAUUUAGAACACAUUGUAUAUUUACGCUAGAAGCAGAUAACAUAUUUAGGCCACCGUGUAUAAUUACCCGAGUAGCAGAUAACAUAUUUAGAACACAUGGUAUAUUUACGCUAGAAGCAGAUAGCAUAUUUAGAACACACUGUAUAUUUACGCUAGAAGCAGAUAACAUAUUUAGAACACAUUGUAUAUUUACGCUAGAAGUAGAUAACAUAUUUAGAACACACUGUAUAUUUACGCUAGAAGCAGAUAACAUAUUUAGAACACAUUGUAUAUUUACGCUAGUAGAAGAUAACAUAUUCAAAACACAUUGUAUAUUUACUUUAGAAGCAGAUAACAUAUUUAGAACACAUUGUAUAUUUACGCUAGUAGCAGAUAACAUAUUUAGAACACAUUAUAUAUUUACUCUAGAAGCAGAUAACAUAUUUAGAACAAAUUGUAUAUUUACGCCAGUAGCAGAUAACAUAUUUAGAACACAUAGUAUAUUUACGCUAGUAGCCGAUAACAUAUUUAGGUCACCUUUUAUAUUUACUCUAGUAGCAGAUAACAUAUUUUGGUCACCUUGUAUAUUUACUCUAGUAGCAGAUAACAUAUUUUGGUCACCUUGUAUAUUUACUCUAGUAGCAGAUAACAUAUUUAGGUCAACUUGUAUAUUUACUCUAACAUAUUUAGAAGCAGAUAGCAUAUUUAGGCCACCGUGUAUAAUUACCCUAGUAGCAGAUAGCAUAUUUAGAACACAUUGUAUAUUUACUCUAGUAGCAGAUAAUAUAUUUAGAGCACAUUGUAUAUUUACGCUAGAAGCAGAUAGCAUAUUUAGAACACACUGUAUAUUUACGCUAGAAGCAGAUAACAUAUUUAGAACACAUUGUAUAUUUACGCUAGAAGUAGAUAACAUAUUUAGAACACACUGUAUAUUUACGCUAGAAGCAGAUAACAUAUUUAGAACACAUUGUAUAUUUACGCUAGUAGAAGAUAACAUAUUCAAAACACAUUGUAUAUUUACUUUAGAAGCAGAUAACAUAUUUAGAACACAUUGUAUAUUUACGCUAGUAGCAGAUAACAUAUUUAGAACACAUUGUAUAUUUACUUUAGAAGCAGAUAAUAUAUUUAAAACACAUUGUAUAUUUACUCUAGUAGCAGAUAACAUAUUUAGAACACAUUAUAUAUUUACUCUAGAAGCAGAUAACAUAUUUAGAACAAAUUGUAUAUUUACGCCAGUAGCAGAUAACAUAUUUAGAACACAUAGUAUAUUUACGCUAGUAGCCGAUAACAUAUUUAGGUCACCUUUUAUAUUUACUCUAGUAGCAGAUAACAUAUUUUGGUCACCUUGUAUAUUUACUCUAGUAGCAGAUAACAUAUUUUGGUCACCUUGUAUAUUUACUCUAGUAGCAGAUAACAUAUUUAGGUCACCUUGUAUAUUUACUCUAGUAGCAGAUAACAUAUUUAGAACACAUUGUAUAUUUACUCUAGCAGCAGAUAACAUAUUUAGGUCACCUUGUAUAUUUACUCUAGUACCAGAUAACAUAUUUAGAACACAUUGUAUAUUUACUCUAGUAGCAGAUAACAUAUUUAGAACACAUUGUAUAUUUACGCUAGAAGCAGAUAACAUAUUUAGAACACACUAUAUAUUUACGCUAGAAGCAGAUAACAUAUUUAGAACACAUUGUAUAUUUACGCUAGAAGCAGAUAACAUAUUUAAAACACAUUGUAUAUUUACUUUAGAAGCAGAUAACAUAUUUAGAACACAUUGUAUAUUUACGCUAGUAGCAGAUAAUAUAUUUAAAACACAUUGUAUAUUUACUCUUGUAGCAGAUAACAUAUUUAGAACACAUUGUAUAUUUACUCUAGCAUGA